GAAAUGUAUCAACUAAAUGUUGUAAACUUGUAACAUUUUAGAGUCUGCACCUGAAUUACUGAGCUGCCAGACAUGAACAUUCAUCUUUAAAGGGGAUGUAAAGUCAAAAAAUUACAUUUCUUUAAGGUGUCCACUGUCUAAAAAUAAUUUGGCCCUUCCUUCAUAAAAUGGCUUAAGCUGAUGUACAGUGAACCGAAGGCAUCCAUCAGGGUUAAUGGCAUUACUUCUGUACCAUUUCGCCUUACAAGAGGUACCCGUCAAGGGUGUCCCCCUCUCCCCGCUCAUAUUUGCGUUGGCAAUUGAACUCAUGGCCAUAGCAAUUAGGCAAUCUCAGAGGGUGCGGGGAUUCAUCUACAAAUCAAUUGAAGAGAAGAUCUCAUUAUAUGCGGACGAUACGCUCCUAUACUUAGCAGACCCACAUGACUCACUCGCCUCUGUGCUUGGGAUUGUCAAAAAAUUUGGUUCGUUCUCAGGUCUCCAAAUUAACUGGGACAAGUCUAUAUUAUUCCCCCUUGACGGACAACUCCCGAUAGAGAUGGCCCCAGACUGUAACCUUCAAGUGACGGAUAAUUUUAAGUACAUAGGGAUAACGGUGCAUAAAGAUCCGAUGUUGUUUUUGCAGCAUAACUUAUAUCCCUUACAACGUCACUUUAAAGACACACUUGCACACUGGACCAAACUCCCUCUCACGCUACUUGGCAGAAUUAAUAUAUGCAAAAUGAUUUAUCUUCCUAAAUUUCUUUAUAUACUGAGUAAUACCCCCUGCCACAUACCCAAGAAAGCUUUACUUGAUAUUGAUCGAACGCAAUCUGAAUUUAUUUGGGGGAACAAAACGCCCACACUGUCUAGAGCUACCCUCAAUGCUCCACAAGACCAGCUAGGACUGACCUCUCCCAACUAUGAGCUGUACUAUCUUGCCUCCCAGGCCUCGCAUGCAGCCGGUUGGAAAGUGUUUGACGCUGAUAACCAGGCAUCCAUAAUUGAGGCACUGUAUUUUACCUCUGUGUAAAGCCUGCACAAUGCUUUAUAUAGAACUCGAAAAGAUCUUGGCCCUUUAUUACCUGUAAUGGAUGCCACUAAGAGAGCCUGGGAUGCAAUUGUACAGUUCACAAAAGCUGAUGUCACUCUAUCUCCAGAUUCCCCUCUAUGGGGUAAUAGUAACUAUUCACACCUAGCCGCCUUCUCAGAGGUGGAAACGUGGACUGAAUUUGGUCUGAAGCGGCUGUCACAAGUAUACACGGAUGGGACUUUUCACACACUUCCUAAACUACGCCAGCUCCUCUCUCUGCCUGACUUGUCUGAAUUUCGAUACAACCAGAUUAGCCAUCUUUGCUCAGCGCAAUUCCCAACCCCUCCUCUGCGCUUACACUGCACAGGGAUAGAGGAAUUGAUAUCUCAGCCCACCAAGGUCAAGCUCCUAUCCAAUACAUAUAAGCACUUGAUUUCCAAUAGAUAUGAUCCCAGGGUAAAAUAUAAGUGGGAGAGCAGUGGGGUUCGUAUUGACCCAGAUGAUUGGGAAGAAAUCAUAGACAAUUUAUAUAUCCCGUUGGUGAGCAUGAGAGACAGGCUUAUACAGUUUAGGAUUAUACAUCAAACAUACCUCACCCCUCAGAAACUAUUUACAAUGGGAAGAGUAGCCUCACCAAGCUGCCCCAGGUGUGGUGCUCCUGUCGCUAAUUUUAUACAUUUGAUGUGGGAUUGCCCGGUGAUACUCAGAUUUUGGAGGGCUAUUGUGAACUUCAUGGCCACCGAACUGGAACUUCCCCAGAUACUUAAUCCUGCUACCUGUCUUCUGGGUCUCCUUGACUCCGUGGUACCUAGAGUACAUACUAGGUGUUUAAUACGGUUGCUUUUCUUCUACGCAAAAAAAGUAGUUGCCCUGCACUGGAUGGUUAAUUCGCAAUUGGAACUGUACAAACUCACUUACUUAGCACGAGGAUGCCCUAAGAAAUUUGAGAAUAUUUGGAACCCCUGGCUUGAGUCGCCAGCCACCUCGACUGCCCGCUGAUCACUUUUUCAGCUACUCCUCUUCCCCCCUCUCUUCUCUUCUUUCUUUCUUUUCUAUCUGGCUCUACUUCUUUCUGUUUUUUGUUUUGUUGAAAAUUCAAUAAAAAUUAACCUUUAAAAAAAAUAAAUAAAAUAAACCUAUCUUCAAUAUUCUUCAAUAAAAUAUUCUGUACCUUUUUCAUAAAAAUCAUGAUUUUCGCGUUCCAGCUCCCCCUUCUCUCUAUGCACACGGACUUCAGCAUGAAUUCCUCAACAUGGGCCGGCCCGCGGCUGCUUUACUUCAAAACAAUCCCCCCUCUUCCGAGUUCUGUAGUGUCAGGGAAAGCGUGUGGCGUUGUCAUGGAGGUAGGUAGGCUAUAGGAAUGAAAAGAUAAAUUUAAUGAAUCUCUAAGUAAAGCAGCCGCGGGCCCGCCUGACGUGUUGAGGAAUUCAUGCAGGCUGAAGUCCAUGCGCAUAGAGAGAAGGGGGAGCUGGAGUGCAGAAAAUCAUGAUUUUUAUGAAAAAAGUACAGAAUAUUGACGAUAGGUUUAUUAGACAGUGGACCAAUAAAAGGAAUUACAUUUUUUGACUUGUCAUCCCCUUUAAAAGUAGAUUUUGGAAAAACGGUAAAAAAUAAAUAAUGAAAAGUAAUAAAAAAGUCUUUAUUUUUGAGGAGUAAUCUAAAAAAACUGAAUUGGAAAAAGUGUUUGGAAGGUGAAGAACCCUUUAAAUCUUGUUUCUGUGUUUUUGUACUGAAGCUGAACAGUUCUUUUGGCUAAGUUACUCUUGGGAUUUACUUUGUUGCUAACAGUCCUCCUACAAUCCUCUGUACCUAUGUAUGGAGGUGGAACAACAAGCUAUUUCUGUGGAAGCUUAUGCAACAAUUCUCAGCCAAGAUUUACACAUAAUAUAGCCCCUCUGUGUGCCAUUCCAUAACUCUGCAACGUAAGUGCUUUAACUGGAUGCUUUUUUUUU